AUGAAGGUUAUUCAAGCUACCAUUGCCACUUUUGCCCUGCUUUGUGGCCCAGUUGAAGCUGAUCGCACUCUGCUUCGAAGAUCCAUCAAGACCGCCGACGCAUCUGAACCACAAGAAGAUGCAUUCACUUGGUCCAACUUUGUCAACCGUGAGCUUAUGUUCUUCACACACCGAUACUCCGAUGAAUCCAUGGACAACCACGUUGGCGCCAGCAAAGGAUCCAAGGGCAGUGGCGGCGGCAGCUAUGUUGACGACGAUUGGAUGAUUGGAGCUAGCAAGGGCUCCAAGGGAUCCAAAGGAAAAGGCGGAGGUUAUGAUGACGACUACAUUCCCGCUAGUGGAUCCAAAGGUUCCAAGGGCAAAGGUGGCGAUGGAGGCUACUCCGAUGAUAUGGGCGGCUCCAAGGGCUCCAAAGGAAAGGGUGGCGACGGAGGCUACUCUGACGAUGCUGGUGGAUCCAAAGGAUCCAAGGGCAAAGGUGGCGAUGGAGGCUACUCUGAUGACAUGGGUGGUUCCAAAGGCAGCAAAGGAAAAGGUGGAGGCUACUCUGAUGACUAUGAUUAUGCCCCAGCUAGUGGAUCCAAGGGUUCCAAGGGCAAGGGUGGUGAUGGAGGCUAUUCCGAUGACAUGGGCUCCGCUGGAUCCAAAGGCAGCAAAGGCAAAGGUGGAGAUGGAGCCUACUCUGAUGACAUGGGUGCCUCAAAGGGCUCCAAAGGAAAGGGCGGUGAUGGAGGCUACUCUGAUGAUUACGAUUAUGCUCCUGCUAGUGCCUCCAAGGGAAGCAAGGGCAAAGGUGGCGGCGCAUACUCUGAUGACAUGGGCUCCGCUGGAUCUAAAGGAAGCAAAGGAAAGGGUGCAGGUGCUUACUCUGAUGACAUGGGUGGCUCUAAGGGCAGCAAGGGCAAGGGCGGAGGCUACUCUGAUGACAGCUCUGAUGACUAUGCUCCUGCUAGUGGCUCCAAGGGAAGCAAGGGCAAGGGCGGUGGUGCUUACUCUGAUGACAUGGGCUCUGGAUCCAAAGGAAGCAAGGGCAAGGGAGGAGAUGGUGCCUACAGUGAUGACAUGGGCUCUGCAGGAAGCAAGGGCAAGGGUGGAGGUGCCUACAGUGAUGACAUGGGCUCUGCUAGUGGCUCCAAAGGAAGCAAGGGCAAGGGUGGAGGUGCCUACAGUGAUGACAUGGGAUCUGCUAGUGGCUCCAAAGGAAGCAAGGGCAAGGGAGGAGAUGGAGGUUACUCAGAUGACAUGGGCUCUGCAUCCGGAUCCAAAGGAAGCAAGGGCAAGGGUGGAGGUGCCUAUAGUGAUGACAUGGGCUCUGCUAGUGGCUCCAAAGGAAGCAAGGGCAAGGGAGGAGAUGGAGCCUACAGUGAUGACAUGGGCUCUGCAUCAGGAUCCAAAGGAAGCAAAGGAAAGGGUGGAGGUGCCUACAGUGAUGACAUGGGCUCUGCUAGUGGCUCCAAAGGAAGCAAGGGCAAGGGAGGAGAUGGAGCCUACAGUGAUGACAUGGGCUCUGCAUCAGGAUCCAAAGGAAGCAAAGGAAAGGGUGGAGGUGCCUACAGUGAUGACAUGGGCUCUGGAUCCAAAGGAAGCAAGGGCUCCAAGGGCGGCAGCUAUUCUUAUGAUGAUCACUACUAUUCUGAUGAUGACUACAGGAGAGCAUAA